ACUUAUUUCUAUUUCCCCGCUAACAUCUCGAUCGAUCCGUAGCCCUAAUUAACCCAAGCUCUCUCUGUCUCUAUCUCGCCCAAGCGCUCUCUCUCUCUCUUCUCGCCCAAGCUCACCCUAGCUCUCUCUCUCUUCAGAACUUGGGUUUCUGUCUUCGUCCAAACUCAGGUUCCAAGGGCCUGAGGAUCCACGACAACCCUGCUCUCGAGCACGCCUCCAAGGCCUCCAAUUUCCUCUACCCGGUCUUCUUCAUCGAUCAGCACUGCAUGAAUCCCGACCCGAACGCACCCUCGGCCGGGUCCUCCAAGGCCGGCCUGAACCGAAUCUGGCGAUCAUUAGAUCUAAAAGAAGCGGAAAAAUGGUGAGAGUCAGCGUUUUGAACGAUGCUCUGAAGAGCAUGUACAACGCAAAGAAGAGGGGCAAGAGACAGUUCAUGAUCAGGCCUUCGUCCAAGGUCAUCAUCAAGUUCCUUAUCGUUAUGCAGAAGCACGGUUAUAUUGGAGAGUUUGAGUAUGUUGAUGACCACAGAUCUGGAAAGAUUGUGGUUGAACUCAAUGGGAGGCUGAACAAGUGUGGUGUUAUCAGUCCUUGCUUUGAUGUUGGUGUCAAGGAGAUUGAAGGCUGGACGGCUAGACUUCUUCCGUCAAGACAGUAUGACAAAGAAAAUGUUGUAGAAGCAAACUUUGGAGAACUUGAAAAAGAGAGAUGUAACAGUAACACUUCCGAUCUUUCGUUCAUUCACACUCUGAAUACCAACACUAACCUUCUGGUGUGCAAAGCAGAAUACUACCAUCAGUGUGGUGAAUAUCAAAAAUGCUUUGAACUUACCUCUUUCCUACUUGAAAAAGACACUUUCCAUCUCAAAAGUACAUUAGUGCAUCUAGCAGCUGCGAUGGAACUUGGGAAUUCAAAUGAGCUCUAUCUUAUGGCAUGCAAUUUAGUGAAGGACUAUCCUCAAAAGGCUUUGUCAUGGUUUUCUGUUGGCUGUUACUACUAUUGUAUAAAAAAGUAUGAUCAGUCAUGCCGUUAUUUCAGUAAGGCUACCAAUGUCGAUGGAAACUUUCCACCUGCAUGAAUGGGAUAUGGGAAUGCUUAUUCUGCUCAAGAUGAGGGAGAUCAAGCUAUGUCAAUUUAUCGCACUGCUGCUCGUUUGUUUCCAGGGUGUCAUUUACCAACUUUGUACAUUGGAAUGGAGUACAUGCGAACCCACAGCUACAAACUUGCUGAGCAGGGUACUCUUAAUGAUGGAAGAGUAAUUGCCGUGAAGCAAUUGUCUGCAGCAUCCUAGCAAGGAAAAAAUGAGUUUCUCCCUUGUUGUGUGUUCUUGCAGGCAACGUAUUAAGCUCCCCCCUUCUUGAUUUUAUGUCAUGCUUGAUUGUAUUAUUUGGUACUAAUUCACUUUAUUCUUUGAGCCCAUUUUUGCUGCAGUACAGUGACUAAGAAGAAGUUGAGGCAGAGAAUUUGGAACCUGCUAAGUACAUUAUGUAUUCAAAUGGUUUUUGAUUUGGUCGACCCACAAAUAGAAGUCCUGAAACACUACCAAGUGUUAAAUAAGGUACUUGAUAAGAAUGGGGCUACUCCAGCUAGAAGUGUUUUGGCGUGGAUUCUAAUAAAAAUUUGAAAGUAUGCUUAGUAGCAGCUGUGGUUGAUAAUUUGGCCAUUUUUUUUACUUCUAAUGAAGGUGCUGCAGUGUUGGCAUGGCUCAUCUUUGUUUUUAAACAAUCUUUGGCUGGUCUUAGAAUUGUGAUUGUUGGUUAGUUAUAGAUGAUGGGUUUCAUAAUAUUUUUCAAUUUAUGAUAUUUGGUGGGUUAUACUA